AAUCGUUAAUUACCUUGUUCGAUCAUCGUACAUUGUGUUCAGUGUUAUAUUCUAAUUUUUUAUUUAUAAUGUAUUUUUAAGAUUAACAAUUACUUUAAUGAUUGCUAAAAUUUCAAUAAAAUGCCGAAGAAAGUUCCGCUUAGUCGAAAUGAAAUACAACCUACAUUUAAAGGAUUUCUUGAAAGAUUUAAAAGUAAACGUAACAUACAAACCAGUACAUCAUCAGAUAUAAAUUCACAGUUAAAUGAAAAAACAUCUAACAAUUAUGAAUCUCAUACUACCGACAAAUUGGAAACAACUUCUAGAAUGUCCAUUAUAUCUAUCGAUAGUUCUGAGGAUUCGUUACUGAAAACUCCUGCAAAGAUAAGCAAUAACAAUUUGAAAGUAUCGCUUGAAGAUUUCAUGGAAGAGAAAACAUUGGCGGUUGAUGAAUACAUACCAAAACUUUCAAUGUUUAAAAAUGUACAAAAACCAAAAAUUAAAUUUAUUUUAUCAUCGGAUAGUGAAGAUAACGAAGAAGUAAAACCAUGUUUGAGUUUAAAUAGAAAGAAUAUGAAGAUAACAAUUAAUGAUAGUAUUGAAGAAUCUGUAUCCGGUUAUUGUUCUUCGUCUGUUAACAAAAAAGAUAAUGUAGUUACUAAUACAUCUUUGCUAACAUCUCCCGAAAGUGAUGUCUUAAAAGCGGAAAUUGAAAAUAAUACAAUAGAAAGUGAUUGUCCAAGAACUCCGAAAAAGUAUAUGAGGACUAAAAGAAAAGAAAAUAUUGUGAUAUCUGAUUCUGAUAGUCAUAGUCCAGAUUUUAAGAAAAGUCCCCAAAUAACUCCUAAAAAAGAAUGGGUUGGACCGGACUUUAAGUUAAAUUUAAAACCUUUAGGUUUGGGAAAACAGUUGGACCCUUGGAUACAAUCUGCAAAAGAGAGAUCUAUAAUGUCUUCAGUACCUGUCACGAAAGAUAAAUUAGAAGACAGAUACGAGCAUUUAAAAGAUUUUCAAAUAGAAAUUCUAGAAAAGUGUUAUAACGCUUUAAACGAAAUUCCAUUACCUGUCUUAGAAAAGUUUCCAAAUUUCAAUGCGCGUACAUUUCAAGAUUUAAAAAUUUUAUAUCAGCAUGUUAAAGCAAAAAUACGUUUGAUCAAGACGAAAUUAAUGCAUGUACAAGCGAAUGAAAAUCAAAUGCCUGUUAACGAAAAGUUAUGUGAAAUUACGAAUAGCUCAACAUUAUCUAAAAUAACAGAAAAUUUAAAUCAACAAUCAAUUUUAAGUAUAUCGGAUGACAGUUUUAGUAUGUCUACCAUUAAUUCCACCAAUGUAGAAACAAACUUUGAUAACAUAGUAGAACAGAAUUGCACACUUUCGCCAAUAAUAAAAGAAUCUUGUCCACCCUUGCAAAAUAAGAAUGGAUUCCAAGAAAAGGAACAGAAAUACAAUAGAAAUUUACAUUGUUCUCCCAUUCAGACUAAAUCAAACGAUUCUGUAGUUCAAAGUAAAAAAGGUACAUUUCAGUUGAAGAGGCCUAUUAAAGCAACUUUAGAUACAGAAGUUUCUAAGCGGAUAGGAGAACUGUGGAAGAAAGAAGAAAAAUCUAGAGCCAUCAAUGCUGAAGAGACAAUUCCUAGUUCUAAUGCACACACAACUGUUAAUAGUCUAUAUAAAUCGGAAAGAAUUGAAAGUAAUGAAAAUACAUGCGCUGUACAGGAAAGAAAGGAAAACUAUCAAAUCAGUGACAAGUUCAAAUAUGGAAACACUCAAAAUAAUUGGAGCAAUACCUUAGGUGUUCAUGAUGAUAACUCAUAUUCUGAAGACAUAGUUGACUGUUUAACACAAGAACUUGAACAGUUUCCAGCAUUAAACAAAGAUUGUAACAUAAAGCCGAGUUUGAAUUCAUCUGACACUAAGAGUAUUAAUAACAAGGAUGACAAAGAACAAAAAAAAUCUAAUACAAAUACUCAAAUAGGAGUUUUUACUGGAGAUUAUAAAAAUGAUGGUAUCAGUGGUGAAUUUGACAGUUUAACAUAUCCUCAUUCACGGGAAAUGUUAAAGGUUUUCAGACAAAUAUUUGGAUUGUAUUCAUUCAGGCCAAAUCAGUUGCAAGCAAUUAACGCUGCACUAUUGGGAUUUGACUGUUUUGUUUUAAUGCCAACCGGAGGAGGAAAAUCCUUAUGCUAUCAGCUACCAGCACUUUUAUUGCCUGGUGUAACGCUUGUAAUUUCCCCAUUGAAAAGCCUUAUUCUUGAUCAGGUUCAAAAGCUCACAUCUCUCGAUGUUCCAGCAGCACAUAUGUCUAGCGCAUUAAGUGACAAUCAAGCAGAGGGGAUAUAUAGAGAACUUUCAAAAAAAGAACCUGCUCUUAAAUUAUUGUACGUAACACCGGAAAAAAUAUCUGCAUCUCAGAAAUUGUGCAAUUUUUUAACUACUUUAUACGAAAGAGAAUUAUUGGCAAGGUUUGUUAUUGACGAAGCACACUGUGUAAGUCAAUGGGGUCAUGAUUUUCGACCCGAUUAUAAAAAAUUAAAAUGUCUCAGAGAAAAUUAUCCUAAAGUGCCGACAAUUGCUCUAACAGCAACAGCUACUCCGAGAGUUAGAACCGACAUACUGCAUCAAUUAGGUCUUACCAUGCCAAAAUGGUUCAUGUCAAGCUUUAACAGGCCCAAUUUAAGGUACAGUAUAAUUGCAAAGAAGGGGAAAAAUUGUUCAGACGAAGUUAUAGCUAUGAUAAAAACGAAGUAUAAACAUGAUUGCGGUAUUGUUUAUUGUCUAUCCCGUAAAGAUUGUGACCAAUAUGCAAUGCAAAUGAAGAAAAAUGGUAUCCGAGCAUUAAGUUAUCAUGCUGGGCUAACAGAUAGUAAUAGAAGCGAUACCCAAAGUCGUUGGAUUUCAGAAGAAAUUAAAGUUGUCUGCGCGACAAUAGCAUUUGGAAUGGGUAUUGAUAAACCAAAUGUGCGUUUUGUAAUACACGCUGCUCUUCCGAAAUCCAUUGAAGGUUAUUAUCAAGAAAGUGGCCGCGCUGGUCGCGAUGGAGAGAAUGCAGACUGCAUCUUGUUUUAUAAUUACGCUGAUAUGCAUAGAAUAAGGAAACUGUUUGAGAUAGAUAACAACGCAACCCCUGCUGUACUGAAAACUCAUAUGGAUAAUUUGUUUAAAAUGGUAUCAUUUUGUGAAAAUAAAACAGAUUGUCGUAGAACAUUGCAACUGAAUUAUUUUGGUGAAGUGUUCAGUCGAGAACAAUGCAUUGCUAAUAAAGCAACAUCGUGCGAUAACUGUAGAAAUAAAGAUGAUUUCACUAUGCUAGACGCAACAGAUCAUGCGAAACAAAUUAUGAAAGCUGUACGUGAUAUUAAUCAAACGAAACAAUGCAAUCUUACAUUAGUAUUUCUUACAGAUAUUUUUAAAGGAUGCGACCUCAAGAAAAUUAGGGAUUCAGGCCUUACUAAGCAUCCUUUGUAUGGUCUUGGAAGAUCGUGGAACAGAGGCGAUAUAGAACGUCUACUGCAUUACAUGGUACUUAAAGACUAUUUAAAAGAACAAAUGUAUAUCAAUAACGACAUUGCUUGCGCCUAUCUAAAAAUUGGUCCAAAUGGUGGUGAACUUAUGACCAAACAGGAUGUAAAGGUUUUGAUUCCUAUGAGGUCGUCAAAUAGCAAUUCUGCUGCAGUGGCAACGGUGUCCACAGUUACAAAGAAAAUUGAUAAAGUUGUUUUGGAAUUACAAAAUCGUUGUUACAAGGAGUUAAUGGAAAUAAUAAAAGGGAUUGCCGGGGCGCUCGAUAUUUCAACAUCCUCCGUUAUGAAUAUGAUAGCAAUCAGAGCUAUGAGUCAAAAACUUCCAGACAGUGAGGAAGCUAUGUUACAAAUACCACAUGUUACCAAAGCAAACUUUGAAAAGUAUGGAAAAGCUCUGUUGGAUAUAACGCAAAAAUAUGCCGCAGAAAAAUAUGUACUACUAAGCGAGGAAAAAUCUGAUAGUAACGAUGAUGACGAUGACGAUACGUGGAAUAACAGUGCUAUUUAUUCCGAUAAAUCUACUAGAUCCGGUGGUAGGAAGCGCAAAGGUAAAGGCAAUUACCGAAAUAGUACUAAAAAGUUCAAGCGGGCUACAUCAAGUACAUGGGGGAAAAAAGCUGCUACAACAAAAGCAGCUACAACAAAAGCAAAAGGCACAACUUCAAGUAAAGGGCCAGGACUUGUAAAUUUUACCCAAAACAAAGAAUAUCUGUCGAAUCCACAUAGAUAUGUGCAGUUUAGUUAUUUCAAAUCAGAAUAUGAAAACUUUACUGCAUCGUCGUUACAAGCUAUUGAUUCAAUUCUUCCUAUGGAUGAUACAAUAUUAAACAAUAUUGAAAAUGACGAGAGUUUAAAUAAUCUUGCUCAUGAAUGGACCAAGUACGAUACGUUUGAAUUUCAUGAAAAUUCCAAGAAGUCACCAUCUAUUAUCAAUAAUAAAGGAGACGAGAGAACAGAAAUUAUAAAGGAAGAUGCCUUGUAUACAACUUGUAAUGUAUCGAGCAAAAAAAAUAAUCUAUGGCAAGACGAAACAUUUAUAAAUAAAGUAUGUACGCAAUUUGUUUCUUCCGAUGAAAGAGGCAGUACCUUGGAAUGUCCCACUCAGAUAUUUACAAAAAAAUGUGAAAAUUGUACAGAGAAAGAAAGUUGCACACCAAACAUAAAUUCAAUAAAUAAGCAACAGAAUGUAAAUUUAUUAAAGAGAAAUACGAUUGACCACAGCAAUGAUAUACCAUAUAAAGUGCAUUGUUCGGAGGAUAUGGAAACAAAUGAAUGCUAUGUAAACAAUGAUUACCUAGAUUCAACAAAACAUUGUGCAUUUUAUGGUUUACCGGAUACAGUAAAGAAGCUUUUUUUACAAAUUAGGGGCAUUGAUAAACUCUAUAAAUGGCAAGAUGAAUGUUUAAAUCUAGAUGCAGUAAAACAUAGAAAGAAUUUAAUUUAUGCUCUUCCAACAAGUGGAGGUAAAACAUUAGUUGCAGAAAUAUUGAUGUUAAAAGAACUUAUAUGUAAUAAAAAAAAUGCAAUGUUUAUACUGCCAUUUGUUGCUAUAGUACAAGAAAAGGUUCAAGCAAUGGCUCCAUUCGCAUUACAAUUGGAUUUUCUAAUCGAGGAAUAUGCAGCAUCGAAAGGAAUUUAUCCACCAAAAAAGCGUCGUAGAAAAAACAGUAUAUACAUAUGUACUAUAGAGAAGGCAUUAGGUUUAAUAAACAGUUUAAUAGAAGCAAAUCGUUUCGAUGAGAUUGGUACUAUAGCUGUGGAUGAAAUACAUCUGCUUGGCGAAGGUGGAGGAAGAGGUGCUACAUUAGAAGUUCUUUUGACAACGGCAUUAUAUGUUAAUGAGAAUAUUCACAUUGUUGGAAUGAGUGCAACAAUAGGCAAUUUAGAGGAAAUAGCAGAAUUUUUAAACGCGGAUUUAUACACUGGAAAUUUUCGGCCUGUUGAAAUUAAAGAGUAUAUCAAAUGCGAUGAUAAUAUUUGGUUGCUUGAUAUGAGAACAGAAGAAUUAUUGACGGAUUUAAAAAAAAUUAAUUAUCGCUAUUCGAGUGAUGCGGCAGUCAUAGAUCCAGACAGAAUUGGAGGUUUGGUAAUGGAUGUAGUACCAGGAGAUUCGUGCCUUAUAUUUUGCUCAAAUCGUAAAAAUUGUGAAAAUGUUGCUUUGUUGUUAACGAAAGUUCUGUUCACAUCGUUGAAAAAUUGUAAAAAGGACGAGAAGCAGAAGUUAGUGAGUGCACUUGAAACAGAAGAAGGCCUUUGUCCAAUUUUACGUAGAACUAUACAAUUUGGCGUAGCGUAUCAUCAUUCUGGUCUCACAUCCGAGGAAAGGCGGUUAUUGGAAGAUGCUUUUAGAGUAGGAACUCUUUGUGUAAUAUGUUGUACAUCGACAUUAGCAGCUGGAGUAAACUUGCCAGCAAGAAGGGUGAUAUUAAGAAGUCCAUAUAUUGGUGCCGAGUUUUUGAGUUUGAGUAAAUACAGACAAAUGAUAGGAAGAGCCGGUCGUGCUGGUAUGGGCAAUAUCGGAGAAAGUAUACUUCUAUGUAAAAACAACGAAUUACUCAAAGUAAAAGAACUUUUACUAUCGAAAAUGGAUGAUUCUUUAAGUACAUUACACCUAAACAAAGACAGAGGUAUAAAUAACUUAAUUCUGAGUGCUACAUUGUUUUCUAUAGCAACAAGUAGAUCUGAAUUGCAUAAAAUAGUAAAAAGAACGUUACUCAAUAUUCAGCAAAAACGUUUAAAUGUAAAUGUUACGCAAAUCGUGGACGAAGUGAUAAUUGCAUUCUUAAAAAGUGGUGUAAUAAAAGUGAAGAGUAUAGAAAAUAAUAUUGAUGAGUUUAAACCAAAUUUAAGUGUUGCUAUUCCAUCGCAAGGUAUAUGUUUCAACGAUAAAAGUAUAGAAAUAAAAGGGAAAAAGAGAGUAGCGCUAACAAGUGAAACUAAAUUAGAACUUUGUGACCUGGGACGAGCAGCUAUAAAAGGUAGUAUAGACAUGCAGUGUGCAUACACAUUAUAUCAGGAUUUAAAGAGAGCACAAGAACAUUUAAUUCUUCUUGACUAUUUACAUUUGUUGUAUAUUCUUACUCCAUAUGGGGUGGUAUCUCAAUUACAACCAGUUGGAUCAAUUUAUUAUGAUGUGGUAAUUAAUUUAUCAGAAACACAAAUGAAAACAGCAAGACUUCUUGGGAUAAAUGAAACAACUAUUAGUAAAAUUCGCAAUGGUUUAAUACCUAAAAAUUUAGAAUCAAGAGUGGUUCAAAGAUUUUAUGUGACAUUAAUAUUGUAUGAUUUAUGGACACACCAUGCAGUUUACACAAUAGCGGACAAGUAUCAAGUAAAUAGAGGUAUUAUACAAAAUCUUUUGUCCGCUGUAUCAUCCUUUGCAUCUUCUGUGGUUCGAUUUUGCCAGGAGUUGGAUGAAUUUUGGGCGUUCAGAGAUUUGUUAAAUGUGUUCAGUAAAAGAUUAUCUUAUUGUUGUCCUUCGGAGUUGGAGGCAUUGAUGGAGUUGCCGCUAGUGAAGAUUGGUAGAGCGCGCCAAUUGUACAAAGCAGGUUAUAGAACAGUACAGUGUAUAGCUAAAGCAAAGCCAAUGGAUUUACAAGAAAGUAUUUCAUAUUUAAGUAAAAACGCCGCAAACAAAAUAAUUGAAGUUGCCAAACUGUUAAUAUUGGAAAAGAUAGAAGAUUUAAAAGACGAAGCAGACGACGUUUUAGAUGGUAUACAUAUGGAUAGUUUGAAAAUGUUUGAUUCGUUGAUUGUGUAA